UUUUUUUAUUUGAGCUAAAUUGCCAGUUUUAUUGUUCUAUGCUGACAAAAUAUUGAUAUGUAGUCUAUGCUGUUUGACCGAAAAUAAAAUGGCGACUAUUGUUAGCCGUGGUUGUAGGACGGUGUGCUCGAAAUUUUGUUCUCAUCUAAUCGUACCCCAGGCCAAAUUUUCGUUCAAAAGUCUUCCGAAAUCCCAAAAGGCUGCUUAUGGGGUGCUGGGUGCUGCAGUUGGAGGUGCACUAACACUGGGAACAGCCUUACAGUUAUCAGUGUCAGCCUCAGGGGAGGAGCUCCAUGCCCCAGAGUACCCAUGGAGUCACAAUGGUCUCCUCAGCUCAUUUGACCAUGCCAGUAUUCGAAGGGGCUAUCAAGUCUACAAGCAGGUCUGUGCUGCUUGCCACAGCAUGAAUUUCAUGUACUAUAGAAAUCUGGUUGGAGCUGUUCUCACUGAGGAAGAGGCUGUUGCUGAAGCUGAAUCGAUUGAUGUUCAAGAUGGUCCAAACGAUGAAGGAAAUAUGUUUUUAAGGCCGGGGAAGCUCUCAGAUCGAUUCCCUAAUCCGUACCCGAACGAGGAGGCAGCCAAGGUUGCCAACAAUGGAGUCCUACCUCCUGAUUUGAGUUUCAUAACUGGAGCCAGGCACGGAGGAGAAGACCAUGUAUUCUCAAUCCUUACUGGGUACUGUGACCCUCCGGCUGGGGUGGAAGUUCAAGAGGGGCUACACUACAAUGCCUACUUUCCUGGUGGCUGGAUCGGGAUGGCCAGACCACUGUAUGAUGAAAUUAUUGAAUAUGACGAUGGCACUCCUGCAACAACAAGCCAACUUGCAAAGGACAUUUCAACAUUUUUAAGAUGGUGCGCUGAGCCAGAGCAUGACGAGAGGAAACGAUUGGGUUUAAAGGUCAUAUUCAUCUCGAUACCUGUUAUGCUGAUCAUGUUCUACUUCAAACGCCACAAGUGGAUGACACUGAAGAGCAAGAAGAUUGCAUUCAAGCCCAAAAAAUAAUGAAUAACUAGGCUCAUUGUUGUUUACAAUCAUAAUAAUGUUAAUAAUUAUUAUUAUCGUUUAAUAUUAUCAUUAUUUAAAUAAUUAUAUUAUUUGAUAAAUUAUCGAAUUCAAAACCACUGAUGAUUGAUCCAUUGAUUCACUAACUAACCACUCUUAGGAAUUGACAUGUUAGGUGCUUUGUGUGCAUAGAGGCACUAGAUUUUGAAUUUGGCAUAUGAUAACGUCUUAUGGUCCUGUUACUCUAUUUAAUUAUAAUUAUCAUAAUUAUAAUUAUUAUUAUGUUUUUUAUAGUAAUUAUUAAUAUUAUUAUUAUUAGAUUUUAAAUGGCAACUUUUAUAAUUUUGACAUCAGGUUUAGCUACUAUGAAAGCAUUAUCACUUAGAUGUUCGUUUGGUUUGUUGACUAUUUGUCUGUUUGUUCCCUAGAUAGAGAUACAAUUGAUUAAUUAAUUAAUCAGUUAAUUAAUUAAUUGAUUGAUUAUCUGAUCGUUUAUUGAACGAUAAUUUUGUUUCAUUCAUUUUUUUGAUCGUAUUUUGGUUCAAGUUGUUUGAUGAUAAUAAUAUCUUGCCUUACGGUUAGGUAGUGUUUUUCUGAUACUGUAAUAGUAGAAUUACUAUAAUAGUAAAAUUGCUGCCUAACCUAAGCUUUUAUUUGUAACUUGUUUAAUAUUAAUGAUUUAGUAUCGUUAUGUUUAAUGUCAACUCUAUUUUUAUCACCAAUAUUAUUAUUCGUGAUGUAGUUUGGUCUGCUGGUCAUAAUAUGCAAUGAUAUGCGUAUGAUGCGGUCAUCUUGUGAAUAAAAUGGGGAAACGAUGACUAUUAUUGUUGUAAUAUUAUAUAUAUAUAUAAAUUUCCGAUGUUCCUUUACCGUUUUAAAAUCGCUAUCGGACUCGUUCCGACCGGUUCUGCACACCGCGCGCCAGUUGGUUACGAUUUAUAUUCACACAUCAGGAUAUUAAUAAUGUUUUUCAGUUAUUUCAUGUGCCUCAUCUCGAUUUUGACUGGAUUGUAAGUAGAUUUUCUCUUAUUAUAUUCGGUUUCAAUUUUUGAUUAAAUAAACGAGGCAAAGAGGUUUAUGC